ACAUCACCGUUUUUAUUGUACUACGUGACUACUUUUAAUUUCUGUGACACCGUCUGCUCCAAAAUUUAACACAUGUAACAUGGACGACACUUAAUUAUUUUCUGAGGAAAUCGAGACAUACCACUGUCAAUUUACCAAACAAUACUGACUACUGUAUAAACCUUUCUGGUGGAAUAUCAUAUUAUAAUUUUCAAAACAAGUUGUGUUCUUUAUAUAUUCGCCGAGAUUGCGAUUCAGUCACCUGGUUAAACUAGCUGAGUCAGGCUCAGCAUAGUAAAUUGACAACAACUUGUCUACACAUCUCCUGAACAGGAAAUACAACGGAGCAUCGUUCGUAGCUGUUACCUUGACACUACGCAACACAGCUUGUGUGUCCUAGGCAGCAAACCAACAACGUUGAACAAACAUUGCCUACAGUUAGUUGAUUUACAUAAUGGAUCCCAGCCACGCGGAACAGCAAGACGAGAUUCAAAAUCCAGAGGGAGACGUCUCUAAAGAACAAAUAGAGAAUCCGUCUACUACAACACCUUUAGAUGAAGAUGCCGAGACUAGGCGAGUACGUGAACUCACAGAAAAGGGACAAGGAGUUUUUACAGAAAAACGUGACAAGUUCUAUCAUGACUUAGAGGCCCUAUGGUCAGACCUAGAAUCUCAGUUAUUGGAAACGACCACGCCUCCUAACGACCUCCAACAAUUGCUAACAGCACAAGAUAGAAUUGUACAAGCCUGUACUAAUUAUCGGAGGCUCACAGACGAGUACUUGAAAUUUCUUAAAAAUACAAGAACGUUAGACAGCCUUCAAGACAUUGAUACGUGUAAACUUUCAACAGAUAUCCGAAUGUCUAAAGUUGACCUAGCAAUUGAAACCUUACACGAGCAUCGCCUCACCCUGACAAAGGCUAAAUCUACAAAAACCAAGACAUCUAAGGGCAAGAAAACCUCGCACAGUGGGAGCUCCAACGUCUCUAACAUGUCAAGUCUUGCACAGAGGAAGCGUGCCAAAGCAGAGGCUGCUAGAUCUCAGAUAGCCUUUGCUGAAAAACAGGCCUUGCUACUAAAGCAGGAGGCAGUGAUAGAAGAACAGGCUCUUUUCAAGCAAAAUGAAAUAAAGGCUGAAGCGGAACAAGAAGCCAUCAGAGCGGAGCAAGAAGCCAUCCGAGCAGAAAAGGACGCCGCUCAAAGAAAAGCUCAAUUAGAACAAGAAGCCGCAAGUAGAAAAGCCGAGGCUGCACACCUGCAAGCUGAAAUGAAACGUGAGGCCGUACGCAGGAAAACUAUAAUGGAACAAGAGGCUGCACGUGCAAUACGAGAAAAAGCCGAAAUUAAGGCUGCUAUGAACAUUCUAGAAGCACAAAGAGAAGCUGCAGCCGCAGAAGCCGAGGCUCGUAUCCUUGAACACGACGGCAGCCAAGCAUUUAGCGAGCUCCCUGGCGAAACGGAAGACCCUCUUCAGCGUGUGCAAGAUUUCGUCAAUAAACAUUCUGUACCAACUGCUGUACAGGAAGUAACAGGACCUCAAAAGUUAAAACAAAUUCCUGUUAAGAUUGAGCUGAGUCAUGAAGCACCAGCGUUCGUGCCAUCCGUGGCACUGAACUUGCCGUCACAGACAUCUGCUGUCUUGCCUUCCGAUACUAAGUCACCGGAAGUUACCUUAAUCCCAGAUCUGGGAAUAGUUACCGGCAUACAAAAACUAGGCCUUUCAGAGGAGAUCCCUGCUGAACACCAGAAACAAGGUGUUAAAGAAGAGAUCCCCGCUACACACCUGCAACCAAUUAAUCCUACAUCAGAGAUAACUAGAUUUCUUCUACGAAAGGACCUACUAUUCUCCCGGUUAACAAGCUUUAAUGACCGGGCAGAAUCCUUCCAUACAUGGAAAGCAAGCUUUAAAAACGUGACAGACGAGCUACAAGUUUCUGACUCGUAACAGAUUGAUCUUCUGAUCAAGUGGCUCGGUCCAGAGUCUGCUAAACAUGCCAUUAGCAUACGAGCGUCGAAUGCCAAUAAUCCUACAAAAGGCAUACAAAGGUUAUGGCAGAGACUGGAUGAGCGAUAUGGUGCUCCAGAAAUGUUGGAGGCCUCUCUCACAAGUAAACUCGUCAACUUCCCUACCUUGACGAACAAAGAUAACGCACGUCUUUAUGACUUGUCCGAUAUUCUAUCACCCCAAGACUAAAGUUGGUGCUCAUAAAACAGCGGUUGAGCAGCAAUCUAGAGACGCCAGCAAACAAGGUCUUUGUAUUCUGCACAAUACAAAGCAUUCCUUAAAUGAAUGC